UGAUCCCUGAUCAACACCGGACAAGACUCUAACGAGACCCUGAAAUUGGGUGCAGCUGACUAGCGCCCCGUUCCACCGCCGAAUGUCGACAGGCACAGGCCAAUCACGCCUCUGCUCUCGCAGAUUAGGACGCUAUCGUGUGCCGAAUUGGGUGCGAGCUGCUAGAUGUGGAUGCCUUAGGCUUCAUUUCGCGACGGCGUGGCUAUUUAUGCCUCUUCCCCACAUAAUUUAUCGCCCUUGUCCGUGUAUUGCUUGCAUUAACUUUACCACCAUCAUCUAUGCCGCUCAAGGGUCGCUCACAAUCGAUAGUCAAAGUCUGACUGCGGUACUGACUAGACGCCUCUUAGUCAAUUUCGGUUGCGCACUCGUGAGAACCAAGGUUGGAACGACUAGGGCAAGGCAGGCUAUCCGUAACGUCGUCGGAACCUGUUUCUUAGGUAGCCCCGUCACAGACGUCGUUGCAACAACAUCUUCUCAUGGCAGAUCUUAGCCAUCCGCACCCCUCUAUUUGGUAACGACUCAAAUUUCACUACAAGCUUCGCAAGGCAUCCCAUAUAUAGCCAACUCAAUCAGCUCAUCUGGAUCGUGCUAAAAACGACAAAGGACAACAAAGCUGG